AAGGCCCCCGCCAACAUUCUUUCCACCUUCCCACUGCUGACCCCGGAAGGACUCCGCCCCCGCGGCCAGGCGGCUGCUCAGCGCGGGGCUGCGGCGGGGAAGCAGGCGUGGGCCAGCCGCACCUGGCCUGGAGCACCAGAUUAGAAGAGGAGUCAUGUCAGAAGAAACAGUAAGCGAAUCACAGUUUUCCUUGAAGACAGCAGUACUAAGAGUGUUUGAUCUUCCUCUGUCUUGGUACUAUUCUCUCUCCCAGAUAAAAUUUUCACCAGUAGCAAAAAAGUUGUUUGUGGUAACUGCAGUGAGUGCUGUAUCUGUAAUUUUUCUGGCCCAUCACUUUAAAAGAAGACGUGGAAAGAAGAAAGGAAAAAUACUACCAUGGGAACCAGAGCACCUUGUACUUGAAUACACUAAAAGAGCAGCAUCAGACAAAGGUUCAAGUUGUUCCAGUAGUAGACAGAAUUUGACAUUAUCUUUAAGUUCUGCCAAAGACAAAGGAUCUCAGUCUUGUAACUAUGCUAAUGGAGGACUUUUCAGUAAAUACUCAGGUUCUGCACAGAGUUUAGCCUCCGAUAUUAUUAGUACUGAAUUUAUCCAUAAACUUGAAGCUCUGCUGCAAAGAGCAUAUCGUCUCCAAGAGGAGUUUGAAGCUACCCUGGGGGCAUCUGAUUCUAAUUCCCUUGUUAAUGAUAUCGAUAAAGAUACAGAUACCACCAUGAAGGGGAAUAUGGAUGAAUUUGGCCUUCGAGACUCCUUGAGUGUUGCAUCAACUGAUUCCUUUGCUUCAGCAACAGAGCUUGCAGAACACAGAGAAGGACGACAUGCUUACAGUCUAGAGUCUCUCUGCCACUGCCCUUUUUAUGAAGAAGCCAUGCAUUUAGUUGAAGAAGGGAAAAUUUACUCAAGAGUGCUUAGAACUGAAAUGUUGGAGUGCCUAGGAGACAGUGAUUUUCUUGCCAAACUUCACUGUAUUCGACAGGCUUUUCAGGUAAUACUUUCAGAAACAGCCAACAGGAUAUUCCUUGCUGAGAGUGGAAGGAAAAUUUUAUCAGCAUUAAUUGUGAAAGCACGAAAGAAUCCAAAGAAGUUUGAAGAUGUUUUUGAUGAAAUGAUCUAUUUUUUAGAGCAAACUGAUCACUGGGAUAGUACUGAAAUGGAACUUGCUGCUAGAGGAGUGAAAAAUCUAAAUUUUUAUGAUGUUGUUCUGGAUUUUAUAUUAAUGGAUUCCUUUGAAGAUUUAGAAAACCCACCCACAUCCAUACAGAAUGUAGUAAAUAAUCGCUGGCUAAACUCCUCCUUCAAAGAAACUGCUGUGGCUUCAAGUUGUUGGUCAGUGCUGAAACAGAAAAGGCAGCAGAUGAAGAUCCCAGAUGGAUUUUUUGCCCAUUUUUAUGCCAUUUGUGAGCAAAUCAGCCCUGUCCUCGCCUGGGGCUUUUUGGGUCCUCGAAAUUCUCUCUAUGAUUUAUGUUGCUUCUUUAAGAAUCAAGUUCUUUUCUUUCUCAAAGACAUUUUUGACUUCGAGAAGGUGCGCUAUUCCAGUAUAGAGACUUUGGCUGAAGACCUCAUGCAGUUACUUAUUCGCCGCACUGAACUGUUAACGGCCUAUCUUGGAGCUGAUGCACUGAGGCAUACAAGUAGCUGUCUAAGUAGUCAUGGUCAUGUUAUGUCCAGUGGCCUGUUGGAAGCCAAAGUACAAUAAGUACCAUAAAAACCAUACCAUUGGAGUGUGCUAUGAAAUAGUUAAGGUAACUACUGAUUUUGUACCACGUGUUACAAGGAAUUGGGGGAUAUGGACUCAGGGAGGGAAAAGACAUCUGGUAGAGAAUGAGUGAUCAUACUGUAUUUACACAGAAGUUCUGUCAGUUGAAUCCCUGUGUACUGUAUCCAAAGUGGCGCUUUCUUGUCUUUAGGUAAUAAUUUAAGUCAUGAAAUGCUGUAUAUUUUAUAGAAAUAUUGCUUGAAUUGAAACCAGUACUUGGGAGUUAGUUGAUUUGUCAUCCCAAAGCUGUCUGCAAAGUCCAGUAUCCUUCUCAAAAGCUCUGUUUUUAUACUUUGCACCUUGAAAAUAUACACUUUAGCCAAGACCUUUGUGGCCCCCUUAUGUAAGAAUAUAUUACUCCUAGUGUCAACAAAUUGAACUUUGCCUGAAAAUGUAUUUUUCAUUGUAAAGUAAUUUAUUAUUCAAUCAAGUAUAGGCAGUAGUCGUGUUUAAUAUGUACUGCUUACAUUAUGGCUUGUGCAUUUGCUCAUGUUUGAAUCAAAGAAAUUGUAAUGGCUGAGUAUCAUUAUAAACAUUUAAAUGAAUUGACACUGAGAAGUUUACAAGUUAGAAGUUUAUAUUAGAUUUACUCAGUUUCCAAAAUAUAUUAUUGUUGGUCCUAUAAGUUAGAAUAACGAGACUGAAGAAAUUUCUGUUAUCUUUUUAUAGAUUAGAGCAUUUUCCCUUGAAUGAUUAUUGAUUAAAAAGAUAACAUUUAUUAACUAUGAGAGGUAAUUAAGAUUUUCUGUGUGUAGUUUUGAAACUAUUUCCCAAUAUCUGAAGGUAUUAAUCUGGAUACAGUAAAAUAAUUUCUCCUUUCUCCUUCUGUAGAACUUAUAGCACACUGGGAAUUUGUCAUAUUAUGCCCAUAUUUUAAAAAUAUUCAUACUUUGAAUCUUCGUGAGGUUUUAAAGGUUUUUUUCCCCUGAAUAUAGAACAAAAUAUUUUUUAAUGGCAUGGAAGUAUAUUUCAUGUCCUUUAUGAUAAAUAAAUGAACAAAUGAGUUGUUCAUAUGAGUAGGGUUCUUCAGAGUAUAUUAGAUACAUUCAGAGCUGUGUUAAUUUUGUGUCUAAAUCAUAUACCACUUAUGUAAAGUGGCUCACUCAGCACACCAACAGAUUGGAUUCGUGGAAUUUGCUCCUAAGGUGGGCUUUAUUUAUUUCAAGAGGGAGUUACCCAGAAAGAUCUAAAAUAUAUUUUUUAAAAAUGAAUUUUUAGAUUAAAGUGCCUAGCUUCUGACUAAUGAAUAGAAAAUAAAAAGUGAGGGAGAAAAGCAUAAUCUUUUAAGGUUUUAAAUUUACAUUUGUGCCACAUUUAUGUAAUAUUAGUUACAAAUUAUGAGUUUCAGAAUCUUUAUGCUCUUUGCAUGUACUGUGUCCCAUAAUGUGUGGGUUACAGCAUUAAACAAUAUGAAAUAUUGCUCUGAUAUUUAGCUCCGGACGUUUCGUACAUAUAUUCUUAAUUUAACAAUUGGCUAUUCACAAGUCUUAUUAUUGAUGGAGGAAUAGCAUUAGAAGUAUCAAAGCUAAAAAUUCCAUUAUGUGUUGUUUAAUUUUUAAUUCAUAUCUUGUAUUUUUAGCUUCUUGUUGAGGUACCAUUGACCUUGAAUGAUUCACACACACAUGUGUGUGCACGCACACAUUCCCAUCAUUGUGUAGGCAAGACAGGUAUUUGUUUAUAUUAAUUUUCCUGUGGGGGGGGCUGACUGUUUUAAGCUGUGGUUUUAUAAACAAAGCUGUAAGUAAACUUAAUUACUUUUUUAUUUGAGGAAGAUACUAUUUGAAAUCUAUUUUGAAGAAUUGCACUAUUUAAUAAUGCUGCUACUACAUAAGAUAACUCUGGGGAAUUUAUUUCAUCAGAUAAGAUGAAUGGCUUUCCAGAAGGUGUUUUUUUUUUUCUCUUUUUUCACUUCACCUUAAAAAAAAAGUUGCCCAUAUUCAAGAGGCUGGUUUGUCAAAUUCAGUGUUUGAGUUUCAUUUGUUUCUGGUCAAUUACAUAGCUACUACUUCAGCAAAAUGCUUUCUUUGUGGCCUUUGACAAAAGAGACAAGAGUGGGGCGCCUGGGUGGCUCAGUCGUUAAGCGUCUGCCUUCGGCUCAGGUCAUGAUCCCAGGGUCCUGGGAUAGA